AUGGUCGCCGACGCUCUCGUCUACCACCCGGCCCUGGCGCACUGGCUGCGCUUUGUCGCAACUACUGUCGGUCGUGAUAAGCUCCUCCGCACACUCCAGUACUUUUCCCGCUUCUACGCCUGGUACCUAUACCGUACGAACAAACCCCAGUCCGCCAUCGACUCCUACAAUGCGGUCAAAAAGCAGUUCGGCACGACUCGCAAGAUCAUGCGCAUCGGCAAGUUUGCGGAGCACCUGAAAGCCGCCUCCGUCGCCCUCGAUAACAAGAACCCCGUCGACCCGGUCCUGCGUUACCUCGCCGUCGGCCGCCAGCUCGGCUACGCCGGCUACCUGACCCUCGACACGGUGACUGUCGUCGACGCCAUCGGGUACCGCAAGCUGGCGAGCGCAAAGCGCCUGCAGGACGGGGCUUACCGUGCAUGGGCGGCGGGACUGGUGUGCAGUGCAGUUGCAGGCGUGUAUACUCUGUUCCGGCUGCAGGAGAAGGAGAAGACUGUGGAUCGGAAAGAGGGCGAGGGUGUUGUUGAGGCGAAGAAGAUUGAGAAGGAGCGCGCCGCCGCCCGGAUACAGCUCAUCUCCGACCUCUGCGAUCUGACCGUGCCCAUCUCCGCUCUGGGCCUCGCCCAGCUUGACGACGGCCUGGUCGGUCUUGCCGGUACCCUCAGCUCGCUGAUCGGCGUGUGGUCGCAGUGGCGCAAGACCGCCUAA